AUGGCGGUCAUUCCACGCGGGGCAUCGGAUGGUAAAGCGCAGGUGCAAUCGUCGCGUAUAACCAUUAGCACAGCGGUCGGGCUAAUCAUCGGUGUUCUGUGUCUUUUCGGCCUGAUCAUCAGUUACCAGCUACUAUUCUGUAAACGGAGGCCUACUCUUCACACUAAACGCACACUACUCUCUGUUCCUCGACCUAUCCCCCGAUCAUCAUCCACACACCCAUCUACGUCCGUUUUGUCUGGAUCUGCCUCAUGUUUCGGUAGAUUCAAGACUAAGACCGCCGGCGGUACACCUCCGAAGAAACGCGAAGUGUUACGGUCGUUGUAUUUGCCCUCUACACGACACGUUGAGCUCCCAGUUACGCGACCGAAGGUGCCCAGACGGUCCCGGGUGAAUCAACGUCUCUGCGGGGCCACACGCAUUAACUCUCCGCAUACCCCUAUCCACCGACGACACUACACGCAGCUGGACGAGAGCCUCUACUCGAGUCCUUCCCCUUCGAAGCACACGGAGAAACCUCCCGCUGCGUGGAUCUCGUCUCGAUCGCCGUCUUAUGACGAUGUGCCUCCCACUCCUACGUCCGCCAAGGCCAAGACACGGUGCACGUGGAGCGAAGCUUCUCCCGUGCCUCUUUCGCCACCUCCUGCAUACGUUCGCGGAACACCUGUGCGACGUGUAUGUCAGGUGAUCGGAGAAAGCCGUACGAUACCGCCGGCCUACAGUCGAGGAGAUCGAGGGAACAUCCCUGGAGCUGCCAAUGACAACGAUUCGAGAGGAGGGGGUGAGGGAGAUCUUCCGGAUGUUGUAGUCGAGGAAUCACCCAUUGUCCGAUUCCAUAGUACUUCAGCUGCGGCGAGCUCGAGUAGUGUUUUUGUGAUUUUGGGUGAUGGUGAAUCGGACAGUGAUAGCAACAGUAUAUUCUGA